AUGGCUACCAGAUCUGGAAAGCGCAUACGAAGUAUGUCCAACGACUCUACAGUGAAAGAUGAUGUUGAUAUUACCGUAAGAAGCGAAAGAAAAGUACGGAAUAAACUUUUAAAUGGAAACGCGGAUGCAAAAAUUAAUAAUGAAUUGACAAAUGAAAACUUAGCCCAGCCUAACAUUAAACCUGAUGAGAAACUCAACACAACCUUUGAUAAAACUACAAAAACAUCAUUAUUAAGUACUGACUCCGAGAAUGAUGUAUCUCGCAUCAGCAUUACUAGCGAUGAUUCCAGCAUUACUCCGCUUCGUGAUUCCAAUAUUAUUAAGGAUACUACCUUAGUUCUAAUAGAAAGUAGUAUGGAUGAGAGCCUUAUUAUAGCUAAAGAUACUUUGGUCUCACAGGAAUCUGUAACUCCUCUGAAACGUGAAGGAACUUUUACUAAAGAUGGGCCAGAAUUAGAUUCUGAAAGCAAGAAGGCAGCAUCGGUGACACCUAAACAUACUCCCGUCAAACGUAUGUCUCUUCCAUCACCUGGAUCAACACCAUUUCCAAAUAAGAGCUCACAAAAAGACAGAUUAUUAAAUAUCACUCGAUCUAUUGAGAAGAGUAGGCGGUCUUCUUUAGUUGAAGUUGUCCCGAGAACGACGAAAGUAAUGUUUUGUAGUCCAGUUGAUAACCCAACUAUUUUCAGUCAGCAGAGAAAAAAGGUUAUUAAGUCAAACUUGAAGGGAUCAAACAAGAGUUUUGUUGUUGAAGAGAACGAGCUGAAAUCACGAUCUACCGCCCGCAAGCGUUCGUACACUCAGAGCGACGCUGAAGAUGCGAGAGCCAAACGCAAACGCGUCACGGAAGCAGCAGUGGAGCCAGCUCGAAAGAGGACCUUCAGUGCUUCUGCUAAACUCUCAGAAUUAUUCACACCCCAGAGAGUGGUUACACCAUCGAAACCCAAGCCAAAUUCUCAAUUCAACCGCACGAAACUGCCCAAUUUUGCCGCUCUGCAUCAGAAGCAGUUCGACAAGAUGGAGUCGCUAGACGAGUGCCAGGAGCGGAAGGCGAAGCGAGCGAAACAGCUGCUAACCCCAACAGGGAGUGUAGGAGUUUCGGAAAAAAUCAGUCCUAAAGCUUCCACCACAGAACAACAGAAAGAACAGCAAAAACAAAAAGUUUCCAGCAAAAAGAAUCCGUAUGAUUUUCAAGUUAAUCCAGAAUCAAAACCAGGCUACACUAGGUUCGGCUUCAAACUGAACAUGGACGUUAAUCCGUUCUGUGUACCGACCAAAAACAUUAACCACACCAAGGCAUCAAAGCUAUCAAAGCCCAAUGGAUUAAUCAGGCAGGCAACAUUACCGUCUCUGACUGGAACCACUUCAACGAGGAAGGAAACAGCUAAACAGUUGGUGAUGAGAGAGAAAUCCUUCACCGAUAAAAGAACAGGAAAGAUUCAAGAGACUAGGACAGUUAUUAAAGGGGUCAGGACAAAUAGACGUUUCGAUUUGCAAAUGAGAUUGAGGAAUUUAAAUUGAAUUCUGUUUCGCUUAUCUUAAAUUGGUAUUGUGUAAAUAGUUUGAACUUACUCAAUUAUUACUAUAAACCCAACUAAGGCAGACUUUGUAUUAAACUAACCAAGAUACAGC